AUGGGGGCUGCAAAGGAUCAGCAUCUUCCAAAAGUCUCAGUUCCUGCUGAUGUCUUUGCCAAAAAUUCCUUCUGGAAAGGCUCUUACGAAUACAUGGGCAAAAAGCAGCCAGCCAUGCUUUCUGUCACCAGCUUUGAUCCUGUCACCAGUAAAGUCAAUGCCACUCUGAUCGACCACAGUGGCGUGGAGCUGCAAGUUUCUGGUAUUUACAAAAGAGAAGAUGUCCAUCUCCUCCUUCAGGUACACCAAAUUACAGGGCCACUGGACAUCUUCACGAACAAAUUCAAGAAUGAUAAGUGGGCAUUGGAUGGACACGUCACCCCAGAAGCUUCAAGUGGAACAUUUGUCUACCAAGGAUUUGUCCAUGGCAAAGGUUUUGGACAAUUUGGCCUCCAAAGACUAGAUAACAGCAUCAUUGAACGGGAUUCUGAAUCAAUAGGACAUCCAUUUGCAUCCAACAGCAGCUCGGUUGCAGCUGCGAUCCUCGUGCCUUUCAUUGCCCUGAUGAUUGCAGGGUUUGUGCUCUAUCUCUACAAGCACAGAAGGAGACCGAAGGUGCCGUUCAAUGGCUACGCCGGCCAUGAAAACACCAAUGUCCGAGGAACAUUUGAAAACCCAAUGUAUGACCGCAAUUUGCAGCCCACAGACAUCAUGGCCAAUGAGGCAGAGUUCACCGUCAGCACUGUGUGUACUGCAGUAUAG